GCCCUAAUAAACUGGGAUGGUGCAUGCAUUCCAUGAAGUAAGAGUAUCCUUACAACCCAAAAGAUUACGUUCAGAAAUAGCCAUAAGCUAUAAACAUAUCGUAACCGUAGUCGUUAUGUCUUUCUUUUGAGACAACACUUUUCGGGGAAUACAGUAAGAAAGGAAUAAACCUAAUCUGACCUAAAAUAUUACAAUUACAACUAUGUUCAACUCAGUUUAUAAUGAUAAAGUGAGAAACCUAACUUAUCUGAUACACUGCUGCAUCCAGCGACUCCUGUGACAUUUUCUAGAAAUGAAAUCUCAUCUAUGUGAAUACUGCAUGUAUAGGAGAGAGAUUUCAGAAUGGCGACUGUCUUUACUUAGGAGAGUACUUAUUCCCGCCCAGAAAUUGUGUAAUUAACGCGUGUCUUUGAAGAGUUCCAUGUGUUUUUCAGCGCAUAUUCACUGAAAAUGAUAAUAGAGAAUCCAGAUCAAUUCAAGGCGUGGCUCACAGCCGUCUUGGAGCCACUUUGUGAUGCAGAUCCUGCUGCAUUAGCAAAAUAUGUAUAUGCUCUUGUGAAGAAGGAUAAAACAUUGGAAGAGUUACGGGGUGGAAUGGUUGAACAACUUGAUGUAUUCUUACAACAAGAAACCAAAAACUUUGUGGAAUUACUAUUCAAAACGUUGGAAACUCAAGAAUACGUACUUCCACCAGCAAAAAAUGAUCCGGAUGGUGGUGGCACGCCUCCAGGUGUGAAUCCACCACCACCUGCAUUAGCCGUGGAAAAAGUAACUGAAAGUACAAUUCCAAUUGCUUCUGUGAAUACAAAUCCCCCUGUUCCCCUCCAGAUGAAUGGAUCUGCACCUAUGACAAUAGGUAAACGCGAAACCAGAAAAUCCGACUCUGAUAAAGUUGAUAAAGAAAAAGAGAAACGUUCUCGAAGUCGGAGCGGCCGAAUGAGAUCUAGGACAAGAUCGCGUUCACGUUCGUGGGAAAGAGAUAGACGUAGGUCUAGGAGCAGGGAACAUAUCCGACGUGAUCGAGAACGCGAUAGGAGUCGGCCAUGGAGAAACGAGUCACCACCAAAUACACGGCGGCAUGAUAGAAGACGAAGUAGAAGUCGUAGUACAUCACCGAUACGACCAAGGAUACGAGAUGGUCCUGAUAAUCGAGAUCAUAGAGCACGAUUUAGGAACAGAUCUCCAACACCUCUUCGAUCUAGAUCCCGAUCGCGAUCGUUAGAUCGUAAAAAGAUAGACCGCUCUGAAAGAAUGGACGUGGAUCGAACAGAUCGAAUCGAAGGAAGUCCUGGGGGUGGUACACCAACACAGGAUAGUAAUCAUGGAGAUGUAGACAUGAGAUUGUCUACUACUAGUCAAUCAAUUCAAAGCGUGGUCGCUGUUGCUUCUAAUGUUCCAAAUAGCCAACCAGGUUUUCAAACGAAAAGGAGGUGCAGAGAUUUUGAUGAAAAGGGAUAUUGCAUGAGAGGAGAUUUAUGCCCUUACGAUCAUGGUACAGAUCCAGUUGUAUUAGAGGAUGUAGCUCUAAGUCGGGUCUUAACUUUUGGCCCGCAUAGUGCUCAAGCGCCAGGAACAGUACCUGUAACAGCCGUACCAGAACCACCUCCAGGACCUAAUGGAAAUGCUCCACCGCAACACCUUCCUCUUGCAAGUUUACCUCCGCCGCAUUUAAGAAAUCAACAUCAUUCUAACAUGGAUGCUUUUGCCGAAUAUAAUCCCGAUGCGCCAAGCAUGGAACCACGAAUGCCAUGGGGAAGACAUCCCCAACCCGGACCUGGUAUUUAUGGGAGGGGUCAAAGAGAACUGAUUAGCGUACCAGUAAUUCCACAUACAAAUUCAUCUGAAGUAACGCAUACUCAAACAAAUCCAUUAAAGCGUAAACAAGCAUUUGAUUUCAAUCGUCUUGGACCAAAACAACGUGUGGUACAUAAUCCAGCUAAUUGUUCUCUGGAAUUAAAGAAAGUUCCGCGUAGCCUGAACAAUAUAACCCAGUUGAAUAAUCAUUUUUCGAAAUUCGGUAAAAUUGUAAAUAUCCAAGUUAAUUUCGGUGGAGAUCCUGAGGGAGCGUUGGUCACCUUCCAGCUACCAGCUGAGGCAAAGGCUGCAUAUAGAAGUACAGAGGCUGUGUUGAAUAAUAGAUUUAUCAAAGUUUUUUGGCAUAACAAUGUUAACAACAAUGCAGCCGGUGGCGCUAUUGAAAACGUACCACCGGGUUGCCGUCCAUCUGUCAAAGAGAGAUUAGGUGCUGCUGUUAAUGUGCCAGCGAAAACCGAUGAAAAUGAAUAUAUUCCUACUCGUCGUUCCACCGAAGAACAAAUUACCCAAACCACGGUUCCCACCUCACCAAAAACUACACCUGUUCCUACACGAGAAGAAAAAGUUCUUGCAAUAAAAAAGACACAAGAGAUAUUAGCUGCUAAGGAAACGUUAAAGAAAAAACAAGAGGAAAAACGUAAAGAGGCGUUAAAAUUAACCGCUGAUUUGCGUAAGAGAAAACAAGAAUUACUAGACAAGCAUUUGAUAGAGAUACGAGCUUUGAUCGAGAAGGCUGAGAAAAAUCCAGAACAAAAAGAUGCAAUUAUGGCUACGAUAAAAACCAUGCAACAGUCUAUCGACAAUCUACGCAAGGAUUUAGCUGCGAAUGGUCAAAUCGGUGGUAAUAAGACGCAAGUAAAAUCCAGAGAACAAACGCAGAAAGAAAUCUUAGACGCCGAGUUAGAUUUAAUGACUGCACAACAGGAGGGACAGGAUGCCGGUGAAUUACAAAAGAGAUUAAAUGAAUUACGAGCUCAGGCCGCUGCGUUAGGUUUAAAUACAGGGACGGCUGUCGGUAGAGGUACAAGACCUAGUAGAGUUAUACGAGGUACUCAUGCAUUAUCAUACAGGGGUCGUGGUAGAGGUAGUUUUACUCAUGUUUCGGUAGAUCAUAGACCUACGAGUCUUCUAGUCUCUGGUUACGAAACCGAAGAAAAGGCUGAAGUUUUAGCGCAUUUUCAACAAUUCGGAGAAAUAGUGAGUCAAAUAGUAGAUGAUGCGACCCCUUCGAUUGUAAUCAAUUAUAAAUCCAGGAAAGAAGCCGAGGUAGCUUUAGCAAAGGGACGCACAUUUCAAGAUAGAUUACUGUCGAUUACAUGGGUAUCCGGGCAUCACUUACAUCGUGGCGGAAGUGGUAGUAAUACAAAUACAUCCGUACAACUUUCCUCCCGUUCAGAACAAGCACCACCUACCACCGAUGAAGAUGUUGAUUUAGAAGGUAACGCUGAAGCAUUACUUCUGGAGGAAAACGAAGAGGAAGAGGACGAAGAUGGUGAAUCUCGAAGUUGGCGGCGAUAGCAGGGUCAGCGUCGUUCGUGACAUAAAUUUGGUACCAGCUAUAAUGACUGUGUAAUGACUUGGGCAAAUCAAUAUGUGCCCAACACUUGCGCCAUUACUGCACUGUCGUUUGAUGCAUCAAAUGCCAUGAUUUUCACGAAAAAAUCAGGUUACGAGCUCAUACACGUUAUCAUGAGUGUUACACUAUUUGUUAAUAUUAUUAAAUAUAUUCGCGUGCGCAUUAUAGCGGUAUUAUAAAGAAACAUACCGUACAGAAGUGCGCGUUGCAAAAUAGAAAACUGAUAUGCAAGUUUACAACAAGAAAAAAAAAA